AUGUCUCGUGCUCUCAUCCUAUCGUUCAUCUUUCUCUCGAUAUUCCGUGCUUUUCCCAUCUCAGCUAGCCCCGUCUCGCUGUUCCUUCCCCUCAAGCUCGCCCCUGGGGUCCCCAUGUCCGCUACUAUUAUAGGCACAGAUGGCAGCGGACAUACUACUUGGGUGCUUAAGGAAGGAGCAGCCAGCGGGACGUUCACCAAAACAGGUGUUGCAGAAAGUGCGCUCGCAACCGCACCAGUGACUCUUGUCGAAGGCUCGACGGAUGCGCACAUGUUCGGCGCCUUUGGCUCUCAGACCCUUUCCGUAGACUGCGCUUUGCAGACGGGGGCGAGUGGAACCGGGGCGCCAAUGGCUGUCUGCACGGAAUUUGCAGCGGCUCCAUCAGCGACUGUCAGCGGCAUCGUCUUCACUCAGGCUGCAGCCAAAGUAGAGGUCCAGAUGAAGACGAACGGCGCGGGGAGUAUCAGAAUGGGUAUCACUGGGGUGGCGGUCUCCGUUCUGACUGUUCUGGGAGGGGCCGGGCUGGAUCAACGUACCCGCCUGUCUGCCGAGCGCGGACCGAGACAUGAUCUUGACCACGCCACCACGGUCGCCACAGCAGACAGUAGGUUCCAGGGUAUCCUCUUCUCAAGCUGGGUCGAGAACUAUGUCUCUGUAACGAAGAAUCGUGCAUGCAGCGCACCUGAGAUUAUGGCUUCGGAUUGA